AUGGACCUUGGAGGCAGGCCAGGGCCAACACCACCACCACCACCUCCAUCACCACACCCCUUGCACGCCUCCCUGUCCCUGUCUUCCCUCCCCUUCUGCUUUGGCCCCCCAUCCCCUUGCCCUGCCCUGCCCUGCCCUGCCCUGCCCUGCCCUACUGCGCUCGCUGCUCCCUCGCCCUCUCCCAUCCCCCCCUGCUCCGCCAGCCCCCAAGCCGAAGCGUCAGCUCAACGACCAUCGACCACCCUAUCCUUGCAAGCGCCCCAGUCCCUAGAUCGCCUUGCUCUCUCAGUCUGCCUCUGUCUGCCAGUCCAUGCUCCGCCCGUAUAUAACACUCUCUGCUCUUCAUCCUCCUCCCGACCGAGAAAAGAAGGCUCCCAGUUGCAUUGCUCUCAAUCCAACUUCACCAUGUUCCAACCCGUCCCCCAGUCCUUCACCUCCCAACCGGCUUCCUCAUCACCCAUUGCCGUCAUGACCUCCAUCCCACCUCCCCACACUACUCUCGUCACCACCACCAGCCCGGGCAGUGACCAAAAACCGCGCAAGCUUCGAGCUUCCUGUGAUGCUUGCUCCCGCGCAAAGGUCAAGUGUGACAAAAUAAGGCCUACCUGCCAUCGCUGCGGCAACAUGGGCAUCUGCUGCAACUACUCCCCUUCCAUGAGACUCGGAAAGCCUCGCAAGAACAGGAACCCGGAUGGCUCCAUAAUGCGCGAUGUCUCCCCUGCCAGCUCUUGUGGUCCUCUGGGCACUCAACCGAACAUGAUUCCCCGCACUGCCGCCCCGUAUACUUCAGAGAGCUCCCCAGAGCCCUCAGACCCCUUCUUCUUUGGACCAGCAACUCCCGAGUAUCACUUUCAAGAUGCUUACAUGGGACCCAGCUUCGAAGGAAGCCAAUCUCCAGCCUACUCUGAAACCGGUUCGUUCGUCAACAGCUGGUCGGGCGACGACCACAUGAUGUUCCACAACAGCCCUCCCGAGGUUUUCCACUCUGUGCCACAGUUCCCCUCCAACCCGUCAUCGUACGGAAACCAUGUUCGAACCACCAGUGUCCAGAGUCAACCAGAGUUGUACGCCCCCAUGGACAACAUCAGUUCGCCACCCUUAUCGAGCCCUCAAUAUUAUGGCAUGCAACAGCAGCAGCAGCUUCCCGUCUUCUCCCCUUCCAAGAUGGUCACAUCCCCCCCUCCUAUGGUCUCCGCACCACUUCCUACCCCGCCUGCGUCCGCCACUACUCCCAAUCACGACUGCACUCAAUUCGCUUUUCAAACUUUGAACAGCCUCUACUCACCUCCGACCAGCCAGCCCACCACUGGAGAUCUCUCCGCCCAUUCCAAGGGCGUUCCCACUCUUGAUACGGUGCUUUCAACCAACAAAUCAGCAGUCGACAAGCUUUUUGUCCUGCUUGGAUGCUCCUGUUCCGCCAACCCUCACUUCUCCACCACCAUUGCAUUUACCAUUGUCAAGAUCCUCUCAUGGUACCAAGCCAUCUCCGGUGCGACGCCGUCCGCGGGCGAAUCGUCCGUGACUCAAAUGGAAAUCUUCACCCACACUCCCAUCUCUCUCGGCGAGUUCAAGCUCGACGGCGAAGAUGAACGCACCGUCCGGACCCAACUCGUCCUCGCCGAACUGCGCAAAGUGGAAAAGCUCAUUGACAAGUUCUCAGAGCGCUACUGCAAGUCCAACAGCUUGGCCGAUACAGGCAUCGAUGGGGGAGUGUAUAGCGCCUUGGAGCAGCUCCUACGCACGCGCGUACGCGACACAUUCAAAGUCACCAUGAAGACGGCACCAGACGAAGUCAAGAGACAGUUGGCCUCGAGAACACAAAAUCGCGCCCGGAACUACACUUUUUGA